CCGAGACACUGGGGCUGGAGGAGGCGCUCGGGGUCGGAGAACGCUGCACCGUCACCAGGGCCAUAAGGAGGGCAAUCAAAAGGAGCGAAGUAGCUCAGCAGCUUUGUAGUUACAGAGCAUCAACUAGGCAGGGAAAAACCUCAGGAAGAGCUGCAUAAUUGUAAUAAAAUUGAGAGGCGAAGUUAUUAGACGAUCAACACAAAAAAAUGCGCGUUGCAGUAAUUGGGGCUGGCGUGAUUGGUUUGUCUACAGCUCAAUGCAUCAUUAAUCGUUUUCACUCCAUAGUCAAACCAUUGACUAUUGUAGUUUACGCAGAUAAGUUUACACCGCAUACUACAAGCGAUGGAGCUGCUGGAUUGUGGCAACCGUAUGUGCGUGAUCGAGAGAACUUGGAGGAAGUCAAAUGGAACAAGGAAACAUUUGAUUACCUUCUGAGAUAUGUGAAUUCACCUGAUGCCAAUGAAAUGGGUUUGUUUUUACAGUCUGGGUAUAACCUCUUCAAGGAACGAGUGCCGGACCCAUCCUGGAAAGAUGCUGUUUUGGGGUUUAGACACUUGACAGAAGAAGAACUCAAACUGUUUCCUGGAUUUAGCUAUGGUUGGUUUAACACUGCACUAAUGUUGGAGGGAAAGAGCUAUUUACCGUGGUUGAUGGAGAGGUUAAAAGAACAUGGAGUUCAGUUUGUUCAGAAGAAAAUCACUUCCUUCCAAGAGUUAUCUCCAGACUUUGAUGUGACAGUGAAUUGUACAGGUAUCCGAGCUCAAGAGCUGCAGCCAGACCCAGAACUCCAACCUGCUAGAGGGCAGAUCAUAAAGGUUUAUGCACCAUGGAUAAAGCACUUCAUUCUGUCACACGAUGAAAGGACUGGGAUUUAUUCUGAACCAUAUAUUAUACCAGGGAGCAAGUUAAUAACCUUGGGAGGAACCUUCCAGCUUGGGAAUUGGAAUGAGGAGAAUGAUCCCAAAGACCACAACACAAUAUGGGAAGGUGGCUGCAAACUUGUACCUAGUCUGAAGAAUGCCAGGAUAGUUGAAAACUGGACUGGACUUCGACCUGCCCGUAACAGGAUCUGUAUAGAACGACAGACCUUUCAUACAGGACCAGAGAAAUUUGAGGUGAUUCACAACUAUGGUCAUGGGGGUUUUGGUCUGACUAUUCACUGGGGCUGUGCCAUGCAAGUGGCAAACAUCUUUGGCAGGAUUCUUCAGGAGAAGAAACCAAGCUGGAAAUCCCAGUUGUAAUUAGGCAUAGUCACACUUGCCUUGCCUCACUGUCACUUCUGCUUCUUCAAAUAAUGAUGAUAAAUGACUUCAAAACAGGUAGAAAUUUGUACCCAUUGGCCCAGCUUUUUACCGAGUUGGAAUGACUCUGGCCAUUUAAAAAUGGCGAGUGGGACCCGAUUCCAGUAUUUCUGCCCCCAUUCUUGGCGCCCCCAAUUUUCACUGGUGUGGGAUAAGGGCAUGGGUAGCCCACACCCUAAACUUCGGACCUGGCUGGCUCUAUUGCGAGGAUAGGCGUCUCCUAGACCCCCGAAAUUUUUGUGUAGUCUGCCCAGGUUCUGGAUGACUUGUGGUUCAUGACCUCUCCAAGGAGUCAUGAACCAUAGUUUGUAUUCAGGACUCUUCCAAAGGUAAGUUCAAAAGGUCUUACCCAUGCCACCGAUGCUCCUUCCAUGCCCAUUCGCCCAGUAAACCUUAUGUAUGGAACCAAUGAGCCAUAUAGUAACAAUGGCAUGAGUGGAACUGCUCCAAAAAAAACCCAUUUAUAAAUCAUCUUUUAAAAAAAACUGUUAUUCCUACAACCCUGUAAAAUGUCAAUCAGACAGACCAUUGAAGUAUAAAUAAGAGUCUUCAAACACUUUAUAACUCUUAAUUUUGUGCAAUUAAACAUUGAGACACUGACAAAAGAGAUCACAGGAAGAAUAACUUAUUAUACCCACUUAAAGACGUCAAUCAAGCAAACUUAACAGCUAUUAUCAAUUGCAAAAACAGAACCUCAUGCUGAGAUAAUCCUUGAUGAGUCUGGGCUCUCAACCAAAUAUGCAUAAUAAGGCCAUCCACUUAUAUUGAAAGAGUUCUUACACCUGUCCUCAUUAUGCAUGCUUGAGUUGGCAUAGAAGUGGCAUGGGUGUGGUGUGGGGCUAGAGGGCCUGACAGCAUUUAAUACAACUGGGACAAAGCGUCAGAGAACCGAGGUGAAAUUUCCCGAUUCGAGUUACCUGCCUUGGUAGUAAAAAUUCAGCCCAUCAUAUUAGUUUGUCAUUGGCAAGUGAUGAGCCCAUUGUAAUCUCCAAAAUUGCUGAACCUUCCUCCCUCCCUGUCCUCCAAGCUGCUCCUCUAUUAGUCCGCAGCUAAGUGUCUUUGUCUUACAAAUCCCCAGAUAAUCCCUUGCUAACUCUGGAAAUUUGUAAGUGGGGAAUUUGUGUGUCACUCACUCUGUGGCACUGUGCAAUGGUACAAAUUUGUACUUAGAUGAUUUUUGUUGCUUUGUAGUCUGUAUUUUAGAAAUCUGUUCAUAUCUUUUAAAAUGGGACAUGAAUUGGUUGGGCAACACUGUUCCUUCUCAGCCUCUAAAUCUAAGCCUCUUGGGUAUCCUAAUUUAUCCUUGUCUGUCUUGAGAAAUUGUCCUGACAAAUGGUGCCAGGAAAGAUUAUUGUCCUAAUUUUUAAUCAUAUUAAUCAAUUUCUUUUAAGAAAAAAUUCUGCAUUAAAUGGAUCUGAAUUUUA